AUGCUCAAGUUUCUUCAACCUACCAACCUUCAGGUGGUAGAUCCAGACAAAGAGGGGCGUCUGCCGACCGAAGAAGGUAGUGGAAGCGCCCGAAAACGCAGGCGGCGCCAAGCCGGAGAGAGCCCUCCUCCCUCCUCCCAGGCCUUAGCAGCCGCGGUGCUCGGGCGGCCGCCCGGGCUCUCAGCGGAGUCCGAGCAGGUGUCGGCGCCAGAUUCCCGGCUCGCGGGGCCAGCAGAGUUGGCAAAGCCGCCGCGGCAGCUACGCCCGGCCACCCGGGGCCCCGGAAAGUUGCGCGAAAGACAACUCCGGGGCCGCGAAGACGCUCCCCAACACCCGCGCGCGGCCCACGGGCUUCGACACCUCCAGCCGCCGGGGAAAGAAAUCCACCGGGGGCAGGGAAGCGGGGAGAAGGGUUCGGCCCGUCGAGUCCGCCGGGCCCGGAGGACGCGAGGGUCACCGGCUAAGGGGUUGGGCUGUUUUCGCCCCUCCAGGCGGCCGCCACCCGGGCCGCGCCUCCCGCUGUGUUCCGGGCUCGAAGACCCGGUGCCCGACAGCCCUGCCCGUCACGACCCUGGCGCCCGAAACGCCGCAGAAACCUCGCCCGCGGCCCGCACCCCGGCCCACUGA